UUACGCUCCAACAGACAUCACUCCAACAUGCAUCGCUCGAUCGUUCAGCAUGAAAGAACUUGAGGGACUGCUUUUGUUUACCGGCCUACUGGAAGUCCUGACUAUUAUUAUCUUCAUUGCUUGGAAGCCCACAUAAUUAUUCAUUGCCAUGGGUCCUAUAACGUCAUAAAUUACGUUUCACUGCUCUGAUAAUAGCAAAGUAUACGGUGACGCUGCAACUCAAUAACCGGACUUUAUCCAACAUUCCGAAGUGCCGUAGGGACGCUCAAAAAAAAACCCAAAACGUUUAAAUCUUAAAGAAAAUCGUUGAUUAGGUUAUCUUGAACUCUUGGCUUACAAGAGCGAUUUUUCUAACAGAAUUUCCGAUUUGAAUUUAAUUAAGUCAUUCAUUAUACACUGAAAGUACACUGAACGGUAUGAAAAUCGGCAGCCUAUUUUCGUACGCGUACUUUGCCGUCGCGUUGUGGUUGUUUCAGGGCUUCAGCUCUGUUCACUCUCUAGAUCAGUUUCUUCAGUAUCAAGAUGCACGUCUAUUAAAUGGAAAAUUACCAAUAGAUAGGUUGGAUGAGUCUCACCUACGCAUACGUCACAGAAGGGAUGCUGACCCAUUAAAAAAUGCUACGAAAGAUGACCACAAAUAUUAUAAAUCCAUUUAUUCCCAAAAUCAAGAAAAUGAUUGGUUUGAACUGUCAGAUCAUCCAGAGAAAAAGACAGACCCUUAUCUUUCAAAGGGAUUCUUGAAAUCAAAGAAUUUUCAAUUACAAUUUACCUUUCCUUAUUAUGGCCACCCUGUCACCAAUGCUACAAUCACUACUGGAGGCUUUUUGUACGUUGGUUAUGUGGAAACAUCUCUCAUAACAAGCGUCAUGUACAUUGCCCCAUUUAUGGCACCAUUCAACCCAUCCCUCAAUGAAAGUGCAGUGAUAUACUACUUCAGUAAUGCAACACAGUUUACUGUACAAUGGACAAACCUUCAUCUUUCCAACAAAGAAGAAGGGUCCGUCUCCUGCGCAUCCAAGACAGGGAACGAAAUACCCUCACUGACCACUGAGUCUGGAGGAAAUGAAGGACUAUUAACAGUCUGUAGCAUGGCUUCCUUGUACAAAGAUGGAAGAAUUAAGUUUGCUUACAAAUUGAUUCCUUUGACACCAUCCGAAGUUCUUGAAAAGAACCCUUUAGCGUCGAAACAUCCUGUUAGAGUUGGGAUAUCAGAUGCAUUUUUUGGCUACAGGACUUAUUAUGCUGUUCAAUACAAGAGAUGGAUUAAAGUAAGAGUCUUCUAUAUCUAUCAUAAAGUGGAUAAAAUCAAGGAUAUCAAAUCAAAUGGAUCAGAAUUACUUUUAUUCCCUGUCAAAAACUGUAUUGCUGCAAAAAGCUGUGAAGAGUGUACGAACCUUACUGUCUCCCAAUCUGUAUUUACUUGUUCCUGGUGCUUUAAACUUCAGAGGUGCUCUGACUCUUUCGAUCGUCAUCGUGUUGAAUGGAUAAAGAAAUCAUGUGACACUAUUGCUAUCAAAGAGUACAAGAAGUGUUCAGGAGGUGGUGGUGACUCUGGCUCGUAUAAAAGGGAUGUCUACUCUAGUCAGUCAUCUGGAAUCAGUACAGGGGCUGUUGUAGCUAUCAUAGUUGUCUUUGUGGUACUGGUUAUUGUUAUAGGACUAGGAGCAUGGUGUUUCUAUGCUUAUACCCAUCCUGUUACGCCUUCUGGACUUUUCCUUAUUGAGCUUCGUAACAAACCAGCUCAAUUCUUCCAACCAAGAGAACAACCAACGGUAGCGGGUGCAACUUCCACAGCCAGUAGAGCUUAAUGAAUCAAUAUGCACAAGGGCCACGAAAGUCUGGAAAGUGUCAUCUGCAAUAGCCAGCAUUCAACCUUUUAUAACUAUAUAUCUUUUUCAGCCUUUAUGUAUGAAUUUUUUCUUAUUUAAUAUAUUGCACUUCCAGUGUAGAUACUCCAAAUUGGACCACUUUGAUAAAGUUAACCAAUCAUAACAGAGAAUGAAAACAAAGAAUCCUAACUUAACCAAUCAGGAGCAAGCAAUAAAGUCUAGAUCUGAUUAUCUUUCUGCCAGAGAACGUAUAGAAACAAUCUAAGCACAGGGUUCAUUCUGAGAGGUAAACCACUUAAAAUUCAUAGACUAUUCGAGGACCCAAAAAUGAAUAUGCAAGGAGUAUGUUCAGCUAACUAUACCAAGGUUUUACACAGUGGUUGCACAUGGCCGACUUUCUGAUUUUCCAAUCUU